GGUAAAGGAAACUAAUACGCGAAAGUCGUCGGUAUUUAUUCCUUUUUUCUUUGUCCGAGGCGCAAUAACGCUGUCCUCAAAUUCCUUCAUCACUUAAUCUGACCCAGAAUCCAUGGAUUCUAAUUCCCAACAACCAGCUACCGGUGGCUCUCCACCUAAACCAUGGGAGCAAGCUGGGGGCACAUCUGGUUCCGGGCCCUUUAAGCCACCAUCGCCUGGCAGCACAAGUGAUGUGGUCGAGUCAUCCGGAACAGCUAGACCAGGUGAAAUUGUUUCAACUGCUGAUGCGACUGCUGCUGUGAAUAGAAAUGCUGUUGGUAGGCCUUUACCCAGCAGGCCUUGGGAGCAACAGAAUUAUGGAAGCACUUAUGGAGGUUAUGGUUCUGGCUUAAACUACAACUCUGGGUUUGGUUCAUCAUAUGGUGGUGGAUUAGGUUCAUAUGGUGGUGGAUUAGGUUCAUAUGGAGGUGGUUUAGGUUCAUAUGGCGGUGGAUUGUAUGGAAACAACAUGUAUAGAGGAGGCUAUGGUGGUCUAUAUGGGAACUCUGGAAUGUACGGUGGUGGAAUGUAUGGCGGUGGUCUCGGUGGUUUUGGGGGUCCAAUGGGUGGUUAUGGGAUGGGCAUGGGUCCAUAUGGUGAGCAAGAUCCAAAUAAUCCUUUUGGUGCUCCCCCAUCCCCACCAGGCUUUUGGAUAUCCUUCCUCCGCGUGAUGCAAGGUGUUGUCAACUUCUUUGGUCGGGUAUCUAUUUUGAUAGACCAAAAUACACAAGCAUUCCACAUGUUUAUGACCGCCCUUCUUCAGCUUUUCGAUCGUGGGGGACUAUUGUACGGAGAGUUGGCUAGAUUUGUGUUAAGACUGCUGGGAAUCAAAACGAAACCCCGAAAGUUUAAUCAACCAGGUCCUCCUGGACUUCCAGGACCCCAUAAUCCUCAUGGGAAUCAGAACUUUAUUGAGGGGCCCAAGGCUGCUCCAAGUGGUGCAUGGGACAAUGUAUGGGGAGAAAAUUAGUUUGACGAUCAACAAUUCGAGAUUGACCUGAAAUUCAAAAGGGCUUGGCAGAUACAGCUACUUGGACCAGUUAUUACCCCGCUUGAUGAUUAGGCCUAGGUGGGGCUCGUGUGAAGAAUGUGCAAUCGUCUAAAUAUAGCAAGUACUCCACUAGUGUUAAAAAAUAGAGAAUAAUCGCCAUAAAUGUGUUGCAUCUUUGAAUGCUAAGGCAAUAAAAAUAGAUUUU